UGUCUCGCCCUGUAAAGAGAUGCCCUCCUCGUAAUUAGAUUAAUUUGCCAUUAACGUCCAUUUCGGGAGUUAUAACUGAAGCUUGCAGUUCGACUUCAACAAUGGACUCAGACACAAGCAGCUGUACAGAGAGCCAGUCCCAGGCAGAGUCUGAUCAGCAAGUUCUAGCUACACCCAUGAGGCCACCACUCAACCUGAUAGAGACUGGAGGAGGCCUGAAGAUACAGACGACCACACCUCACCUGGUUGGCCUGGGCAGUGGCCGGCUCAGUGUUGCCAUCACACUUAUGCCCCUAAAUGAAGGUGUGACCCGAAUUGGCCGAGAGGAUGCGUCCGUACCUCAAGACAUCACUAUUGAGGGCCUGGGUAUAGAGGCAGAGCAUUGUCGUAUUAUAAACAGAGGAGGAGUCAUCACCCUUCACCCUUCCGGAAACCUGUGCUCACUUGAUGGAGUCCAUGUCUCAAAGCCAACAUUGCUGACACAAGGAUUCACACUCUGUCUGGGUAAAUCCUACUUCUUCCGCUUUAACCACCCUGAGGAGGCCAGACGUAUGAAGAGCAUGCAGCCCCAGAAGAGUCCUGUCGCCACUAUGGGCUACAGCUCAGACUGUGUAAAGACUGAGCACAGCAAUGGCGGCUCAGUGGGUGGCACCAUGAUGAGAGGCUCCCGAUCGAAGGCGGAGCUGCAGGACCUGAUGGAGACUCUGCAACGCCGGAAGAGUGCUCUAGAGGCUAGCCUGAGGGCCAGCGCAGAGUCUACCCGUACCUACCUCAGCCUGCCCCCUACCAGCACCCUGUCCCCCACUCCCCCCAGGAGUGCCGAGCGCCCCCCCUCCUCCAGAGGCCUCCCCUACAUGACCAGCAGUAGCAUGCCCCCCUCCCCUCGCCAGGGUGAGCGUCCUCUCAGCCCCAAACUGCCAUACACCCGCUCACGCCACCAAUCACAGGACAGCCUGCUCCUCUCUAGCUCCUCUGACAGUCAUCGCCCAAAUGUAGCCAGUUCUCUCCUGUCCAUGUGGAAUGGUUCCUCUUCCUAUGGGGAGCCUGCACCCAGUCCUCCUCAGGGCCACAGUGGGGCGGCCAGCAUGCCCUCCAGCCCUCGUCUAGGCCGCAGGUUCUAUGCCCAGGGCCGGAACGGGGACAACGGUAUGGACCCUGCACCACGUCAGAGGAAGUACUCUACAGGGUCACUCAACGGCCUGGGCUCUACCCACAGCCGCUCUCUACCCCGCCUCCACCGGUCGGCAGACUCCGCAGCCCUGUCCCUGCCCCCACGCCGCUCCAUGGGCUCCCACAGAGGGGAGAAGGGUUCUGUGUCCCUGUCCUCCAAAACGAGGCGCAGCCUGUCUCCUCUGGAGCGGCCGCCAGACGUAACAGUGCUAGCAACGGCCAGCGUACCGGGUACUCCCCGCAGGGCUAGUCUGGCCUCUCUGGCCUCUCUGGGCUGUGAACUGGAGCAUGGGGGCCUGCGGGGCUCCUCACCCUGCCUGGACCUGGGCCUGGGGGAGAGGAGGCAGUCCUUUGGGAAGGGGGGGCUGGGGCUGAGAUCAAGAAGAGGCAGCAUCAGCUCUCUGAAUGGGAAGGAGGAGCUUACAGACUACCACAAGCACCAGAGAGACGAGAGGCUCAGAGAACAGGAGGUGCAGAGACUGGAGCACCAGCGGCUGGAGACCAUCCUGAGCCUGUGUACUGAGCUGGGCCGGGAACAGGGCGGCUCGGCCGUCUCCGACCUGCAGAAGAUCAACAAGGAGCUGGAGAAGCUGCAGGAGUCUGAUGAUGAGUCAGUGUUCUCCGACUCCCCCGGCAGUGGCACCGCUCCGGAAAACGGCUUUGGCACCAAAGCCCGAGAGUACCAGCUGGCUGAGGAGCGGCGGGUCCGCCAGCGCCGCCACAGCGGGCACAGAGAGGCCAGGGAUGCCAGGGCCCAGUCACCUGCUGUCAGCCUGCGCAGCAUUGUCCCCUCACCCUCCCCUCACCACAGAGCCAGGCAGCAGGCUACGGAGGAUGUGCAUCUGAAACAGGAAGUGACGCGUAUCGAGGAAGAGAGGAUCCAGGUGCUGAACAACAUAGAAGAGUUGGAGCAGAAGAUCAAAGACCUGGACAACCAGAUGGAGGAAUCCAUCAGAGAGAUGGAGGUGGAGCGGGCUCUGCUGGAGGGGGAGCAGGACUCUGAGAUGGCCCUGUUACAUAGGGAGAAGGAGGUACUGGACCAACUCAAUGAGAAGAUUAGCAGCAUUGACAAGACUGUCCUCACAGACAAGUCCCAGGAUGUUGAGGUGCUGGAGGCGGAGAGGAAGCGUUUUGAGGACCUGGAGUUCCAGCAGCUGGAAAGAGAGAGUGGUCAGGACGAGGGGAAGGAGGGUCAGACCCAGCAACUACUCCGAGAGAUAGCAGAUUACCAGCGUAGUACUGUCACACGCAAGGAGAGACUCCUGACCCUGAAGAAGCAGUCUACACAGAUUACUCAGCAGUCUCAGCGAGAGAAGGACAGCUUCCUGAAAGAGAAGAACAACCUGCUCCUGAUGGUUCAGAGGGAGAGGGAGAACCUGGCUUCUCUGGAGAGGAAGUAUGCUGAACUGACUGGAGGGCAGACCUUCCCUAACAACCCUGUUGCCAUGAAGGAGCACUUUCGCUUUCUAGAGGAGAGGAGGCGGGGCAGUAAGGAGAACUCCUCCCACCUCAGUGACACUCUUCCCCGUAAGAGGAGCCAGCAGGCCCUCAGUCACUGCAGCAGCUCUACCCUGGGCCGCAGCCUGUCCCCUAAGUCCCACCUGCCCCUGUCCCAGAGCUCCAGCUGUGGUAGUAUCAUCCCCCGGGGCUUCUCUAUCUCUCCCAGAGUUCUGGAAACUCGACGCCUGCUCAAGGCAGGCCAUAGCCACCUGUACAUGAGUGAGAACAGACAGAGACUGGUUGACCUGUGUAGCAGGACCGUGUCUGAGUCCAAUGUCUUCCUGGACCCCUUCCACUACGCAGACAAUGGCCAUGGCUUUGACACGCUCAGUAUGGACAGCUCUGACAGCAUGGAGACCAGCAUCUCUGCCUGCUCCCCAGACAACAUCUCCAGUGCCAGCAGAUCCAACGUAGGAAAGAUUAAGGAGAUGGAACGUUUGUUACGAGAAGCCCAGGCUGACAAGCAUCGACUCCUUGAGCACAAGGAGCGUGAGAUGGAGGUGCGUAGGCAGGCCCUGGAGGAGGAGCGGAGGAGGAGGGAGGACCUGGAGAAGAGACUACAGGAGGAGACCAGCAGGAGGCAGAAAAUGAUCGAGAGGGAGGUGAAGUUACGCGAGAAACAGAGGGCACAGGCCCGGCCGCUGACACGCUACCUCCCUCAGAGGAAGGAUGACUUUGACCUCCAUGGUCACAUCGAGGCAGCUGGACACAACCCAGACAACUGCUACCACCUGGCCAUCACAAAUAAAACCUGCAGAGGGUUCCUGGUCAAGAUGGGUGGUAAGAUCAAGACCUGGAAAAAACGCUGGUUUGUCUUUGACCGGAACCGCAAGACCCUGGCCUACUACGCAGACAAACAUGAGGUCAAGAUGAAAGGGGUCAUAUACUUCCAAGCUAUAGAAGAGGUUUACUAUGACCAUUUAAAGAAUGCACACAAGAGCCCCAACCCAUGUCUGACGUUUAGUGUGAAGACCCAUGACAGGGUGUACUACAUGGUGUCUCCCUCCCCUGAGGCUAUGCGCAUCUGGAUGGACGUCAUCGUUACAGGGGCGGAGGGAUACAUGCAAUUCAUGGUCUAAGCCAGUGGCGGCUGGUGAUUGGCUGAAUGCCCGGGGCGCGAGGUGGUUGGAAUUGUCAACAAAGCAGCAUGACAUAUGAUGCCAAGUUUUCGAGCUACUGGUAGUUUCUUUGAGAAGAUAUAUAAAGCAAUCUGUGCAUUUGAACAACAGCAUAAAUGACCACUGCUGCACAUGCUGCCACUGUUUUGAACAGAUUCGAUUAUACUAUUUAGAAUGAGAAGUAGGUCAUGAACGAACGGGAACGUAACAAGCAUGCAGAUGCAGUAAGUGAAAACACAUUAUCUAACUGGUGUAAUAUAGCUAAUAUACUGUCACAAAGCAUGAUGCGCUAGCCAGUUCAUUCUGAAUAUUUUCCAUAUUUCCGAGUUAGAUAUUAGUUUAGAAAGACUUGAAAUUGGCAUUGGAGCUAACUACCUAGUAAGUUACCAGAUAGCUAUAACUAGCUAGCUGCUUGUCAAAGGUAGAUAACUGGUUAAUUUUACAAAACAAUCUACUAAACUAUUUCUCAAUGUUUCUAAAAAUGGCUAUCUGGCUUAAUUAAUUUGAUGAUGCUGUUUCAGUCCACACUACAUGUCGCCCUGUCACCUACAAGAGAACCAAAUGAACAACAUGGGGGGAAACAAUACAAUUGGCCAGCCACCGUCAUGCUUUUUUGUCCUACCAGAUCCUCAAUGAGAAAGUUCUAGCUAGUGUAUCCCUCUGUCUUUCGACACUUGUUGGAUGUAGAUGUCAGGUCCCAGGCUCCAAUGACCGUUAUGGCUAUUUAUUUACAAGUUAAUUACAAUUCGAUUGUUGCUUUAGCGCCAUCUGUACUUGAUAGAGCACACAUCUGUACCUGAUCUGGCGCGAGAGACUCAUUGGGAGGGAGUCUAGAACAGACCCAGAAGUUCUGAUAGAGCAUGCAUUUGAGCGCCACAGGACAGUCCAUUAACUUUGUACUGUUAUAAUUUAUGCUAAGAAAUCCUGCGAUUUCAUUGGGGACGUUCCCCCUCAUAGCAAAUAAUUGGCAAGACAAUAUAAGCAAUGUUUGCAUGGCAUAUGCACCGGCGAGGGACAGAGUAGUAAGUAACUGAACAGCUGUUUUUUUUUUAAAAUAGGAACAUGUACACAUUUACUGCACUUUUAUGAGCAUUUAAAACAUAAUUCAUGAAUUAUAUAAUAUAUACUGUAUUUUUAUAUGAGUAUUUUUUAUACAAAUAUUUUUUGUUGACCAAUCACAAUUGGGGCACCGCCCCUAACGCCCUAAUGGGCGGGCCGCUACUGGUCUAAACAAUCCCCCAUCCUGACCCCAGAUUCUCAGAUGACUAACAAACAGGGAAUAUACUCUCCUCCAGUCCCAUCGGUGCCUAAAAGACAAAACAAGUUGACUGGUCAGGUUUGAGAACCUCUGUGACCUCAGCACAAUACCCUUCUGGUUUUUAGCUUUGUAACCACUUUUAUUUCCGUCUUACUUCAGUGAGCCCAGCUCUCUCCUCUUCCGGAUUCAGCUGAUGUAAUGGUAAUCUGAUACUUCGCAGUCUAGCAGGGAAGGACUUCCUAUGGAGGAUUGGGUGCCCAGUGCCGCUUGUUCAUUCGGAAAGGACUUACUCAGAAGAUUCUGAUACUUAUCGCUUUACGUUUGGAGAGGAGCCUUUUGGCACCUUAACAUGGUUUACCCUCAUAAUAUUUCAGGACUGUUAAUGACCCAGAGUCUAUGUCUGAGGUGUAUUAUGUAGUCUGAUAGGCUCACAGUGUACUAGAGAUUACUGCCCAUUCAGGACAAGAUACUUCUCUUCCAUUGUGGCAUAGUGAGAUUACACAUCGAAUCGAAACCUUUAAAGUAGAAUAUAUUAUUCAUAUUAUUUAUGAGUAGAAUCAUAGGAUUGAGACUGCCAUUGGAUAUAAUAUUAUAAUAUAUGCCAUUUCACAGACGCUUUAAUCCAAAGCGAUUUACUGUCAUGCAUGAAUGUAUUUCACGUACGGGUAGUCCCGGGAAUCAAACCCACUACCCUGGCGUUGCAAGGCCCAUGCACUACCAAUUGAGCUACAAUUGAGCUAACGCCUCUACUUCUCUGGGUUGAGAAGAGGACCAGGGCCUGGUUUCCCAAAAGCAUCUUAAGGCUCAAUGGUUCUAAAGAUGAAUUUAGCCUUAAGAUGCUUUUGGGAAACCGGGCCCAGAUUGAUUAAAGGAACACAAGCUGUCCCAUCCUUUUCAUCAUCCAAAUUGACCUGGCUGUUGAUUGGUCAACCAAAACUCUCCCUCUGUUUUCCUUCCAGCUGGACAGUCUCUUUUGUCCCUCAAACACUCCCUCUCUCUCCGGGGCCAAACCCUCCAGAGACUGUCUAGCAUCUGCACAGACUGAGAGGACAAUAUGUCCCUCCAGUGGAAAACCCAAGGUGAUGCACAUCACCGAUGUGUGUCCUUUGUACCCUACUGUUGCUCAGGAACGUGGAGAUAACAGGGGAAACCCUGAAACACCAAGGACUUGAAGGGUUUGAAAGUACCUCUCUCAGCACUAUGUACCAAAGACAUACCAUGUCUGUAUUUAAUAUGGAAAUCAUGGAAAUGGAACCUUAAGGCUCCACAAAGGGCUACUUACCGGGUGUGGAAGACAUUGACACUGUGUGUGUGUGUGUGUGUGUGUGUGUGUGUGUGUGUGUGUGUGUGUGUGUGUGUGUGUGCGUGCGUGCGUGCGUGCGUGCGUGCGCCAUACAGCUAAAAUAAGUUAGCAAAAACAUUCCAGGGCACUUCCAGUACUAGUUCAAAUGAAAUGUUUUAAUGGAGCGUGGCAUUGUAUAUUGUGCCUUUAUGUGAGUUGUGUUUUAUGACAUGUAGUGUAAUAUCAUGCUGCCAGUGGGCUGGGUGCAGCUCCCUACCCGAUUAAUGGGCUCAUUCAUUUCUGAAAGUUUGAGAAGCGUUGCGUCGUGCCUAAGAACAGCCCUUAGCCGUGGUAUAUUGGCCAUAUAUCACAAACCCAGAGGAGCUUAUUGCUAUUAUAAACUGGUUACAAACGUAAUUAGAGCAGAAAAAAGAAACGUUUUGUCAUACCCGUGGUAUACGGUCUGAUAUACCAUGGCUUUCAGCCAAUCAGAGUUCAGGGCUCAAACCACCCAGUUUAUAAUUUGGGUUAAUACACAGUCGCUAUAAACCUGUGCAGUACUUGGAUAUACUUACUACUUUUAAAAUUACUUUUUGGGUCACAAAUAAUGGCACAUUAAUUUAUAUUAGUUUAAUUUUCUUUUUGUUGUUUAACAAAUAUAUGAAUAUUUGUCAGUAGUAUGUGCAUGUUGAACAUACAAAUCAGCUAUUUGUGUGAAACCAAAGAGCAAUGCAAUCUGCAGUAUUCUAGGGAGAUAUAUGAAGUCAUGGAAAAAAGAAAAUGCGAUUCUACUUAUUUGACCCAGGUAUCUUAGCUGAUAUAUUUGUAAUUAUGACUGUGAUUAAAAAAAGUUAUGAUAAUUGUAAGAUGUAAUGAUACUGAAAUGGCUCCCUCAUUCACCAUGAACUCACAGGUAGAAUGUAGUAGCAAGGUCCCUGACUGUCAAUGAGGUGACUGCGGGAGUGCACACGAGACCAAAGGGACUUCUCUGACAGUGUUGCGGAGGUGACAGCAGGUUAGCUCACAGGGAAUCUUUCACAGUGUUAUGAAGGGGUGACUGACAAGCUCUCUGUGACCAGUUGUCUUUUAAAGGAGGAUCCCCUAUGUGCUCAGUCUGUGUGACUACACAAUACGGGCACACUUUUCAGGUACUAUCCAUGUAUAAGUUACCAAGGAAAAAAUUCAACAUAUCUGCAACACUUUUAAGAUGCAUUUAAAAUAUAUGUUUUGUAUUUUUAUAUGAACAGUGUUAUUGUUAAUCCUGCAUGUUUUUUAAACAAAUGUAAGAAUAAAUCAUAUACGUUUACUAA